GGUUCCCUUUUUUCAGCGUUUCGCUAGGCUGCUAUGGCCUUGGACUGUCAAUAUUGUUUAUAACUUUUACAAAAUAUAUUAUGAAAAAUAAAAUAUUGUGUUAUAUUUGAAGUGUAAUAUCAUUAUUUAUUACUUUUUAAAUAAAUAUUGUGAUUUAUCUGAAACUUUUUGAAUUAGAUAUUUCUUCUCCGUAUGAUAAAUAUCCAAGAUGAGUAAUCAAGGCAGAGGUACUGCUAAACGUAAAGUUAAGCCGGUUGAACCGCAAGCGCAAUCAUUAUUAGACUUCGAUCUUGGAGAAGGCGAGAGCUCUGACGAUUCCGAUUUUCGUAUUGAAGACCACCCCGAAGAAAGUGAUGAUUAUUCUAUAAACUCUGAUGAUGAUGGCAAAAAGGAUGAUUCAAAGAGUGAAAGCUCAGAUGAGCAAUCAGGUUCAGAUAUUGAAAGUGGUUACAAAAAUACUACAAAAAUGGGUGGAGAAAUUUCUGUUGCUGAUCUUCUUGAAAAGGCUAAAAAUCAAGAGUUUAAGUUUCCAGAUCUAGCCAAUGUGUUGAUAUGUGCGGGCUGUCUUGGUUCAAGAAGUGAUGAUUUCAAUGAAAUUGUAGAAUGUGAUGGUUGUGGUGUCACAGUACAUGAAGGUUGCUAUGGAGUGUCAGAUGUCACAAGCGAAUCUAGUACCGUCAGCUCAGCAUCCACCGAGCCGUGGUUCUGUGAAGCUUGCAAAGCUGGUGUCACAGAUCCCAGUUGUGAACUAUGCCCAAAUAAAGGUGGCAUUUUUAAAGAAACUGAAGUUGGUGCAUGGGUGCACCUUGUGUGUGCCUUGUAUGUGCCGGGAGUGGCAUUUUCUGAGGUGGAGCGAUUGUCCGGGGUGACUUUGUUCGAGAUGGCGUACUCCCGCUGGGGAGCGCGUAGCUGCGCCGUGUGUAUCGAUAGUACCCUGGCUCGUACGGGCGUCUGUGUCGGAUGUGAUGCUGGACUCUGCAAGACAUUCUUCCAUGUCACGUGUGGUCAACGCGAAGGGCUCUUAGCUGAAGCACAUUCGGAGGAAGUAGAACAGGCUGAUCCAUUCUACGCCCAUUGUCGGCUCCAUUCCGACAAGACUUUGGUGAAGAAGAGGAAAAGGAAUUGGUUAGCACUACAAUUGAGAACGGAAAAUAGAAAAAUAGAGCUACAGAAUAAAUUGAGCACAGACGCGCGUAUCAGAAUACAGAGAAAACUCGUAAAGUACAGGAGGAAAUAUGCCCAGCAGAAAGAAAACAGAAAUCCUCCAUGGGUACCGACACAGAAAAUGGCCCGGAUGCUGUACAGCAGUGCGUCCGCAAUGAGGAAGUUCCAACGCAAAGCAGAGUGUAUGGGUAUCGAUACUCAUGCACUGGAGUUUCAAGAUGCUCAGAUGGCAGCACUGCGCGACGUGUCUCGUCGCUGGCACGUGCCGCCCGCGUUCUCGGUCGAGUUCGUCGGCUACUACCUGGAGAGGAACACCCGCGUGACGUCACUGCGGCGCUCGCUCGAGCGGCUCACGGCGGAGAAUGACAAACUGUUGGCCGGAGAUGACAAACUGAGGUCCGACUACGAUGAGGCAUCAAAUGCUAACACGGCUGGGCUAGCUGACCUAGAAUCAAACAAGCAAUUUCUGAAGAAGUUGUACGACGCAAUAAUUGUAUUGUGCCCGAAGAAAACAGCUCCUGCCAUAUUGAUGAACACGCCUCUACUACCUCCUGUGAUGCAUCGAUCCACGCCCAAAGUUACACCGCAGCAACUACAGAAACGGUCUAUGUCUGUACCAACCGCGGCUGCACUUAAGAUGGGCGUUGGUUUUCCUCUUAGCGACAAUCCGGACGCUCGCCAAGGAAAAGUCUUGUCUACGUCGCUUGAAGCGACGAGCGGUACGGGCGCGGGGGGACUGAGCGCCCGUGAGUGUGCGGCGUGCGGACGGAGCAGCGAGCAGCACCUGAUGGCGGCGUGCGACACGUGCCGCCACCACUACCACCUGCACUGCCUCAAGCCGCCGCUGCAGCGCCCGCCCAAGAAGAGCAAGCUCUACGGCUGGCAAUGCUCCGAGUGCGACAAGACAUCGGACUCCGAACCGGAAGUGCUUGAAAAGAAGGUUCCACGUCGAUCUCGCAUCCGGUACAGCAAAGAUGGCGCUAUUAUAUCCGAACCGGUGAGCCCCACGCCCCGACCGGCUUCACCCAUACAUAAAAAUAAACCAGAAAAACACCACAAACCCGACAAGCAGAAGGCAAUAGAAAAUUUAUCACCGAUAAAAAUGACAAUCAAACCGUUCGAGUUCAGCAGCGACGGUAAUGAAGCCGAGACGAAACCAAAGAAGGAAAAGAAAAGGAAUUCUAAAAAGGAGCAUUCUUCAACAUCCGGCGGCGAGGGAGAAGGUUCCUCGAAGAAAGUUCACAAACGGUCUUUCACGUCGCCGAUAUUGACGAACACACCCCUAAUGUCGAUAACGCCUAUUGUUGCCGACAGCCCAUACGAUUCACACAACGAGCAAUCAAACGAAUCGAACGUGGCGGUUGCUAAGAAAGAUGAGUUCGUUCAAAACAUAUCGUUUUCUUCAUUACUCAACGACUCAAAGGAAAGAGAUUCGAAAACCAUCGAGAGCUCGAUAGAAAAUACGUUGGCUAAUCUAUCGUCAGAUAUAGCGAACUAUAAAGCGAACAGGAAACGCAGGAAGGAAAAGCAUAGGAAUCGAUAUUCCCCGGAUUUGUUGCGCUCGCCGUCGAAGUCGCACAAGCACAAGAGGAAGAAGAAGAACCAGGACAUGGAAAACCCGGAACAACCACAUCCCAGGAUUACUAUCAAGAUCAAGCCGCUGACGAAGCCCGACGGCUCCCUCGACACUCAGAUGUUCUACGUGCCUACAGACAGUAACGAUGGCCCGCCGCCCGCUGUUGUGAAGAAAAUCUCCAAGCAACAGAGUGAGCCGGAAUUGGAGAUUGUUACAAGCCCAACGUCGAUGCCCGUUGCCGAAACGUCAGAUCCACUAGCUAUCACCACACCUCUGCCGAAAGCCAAGGAAAUAAAGGAACCACUACCUCUAAGCACAAAACCGAAGCGUUCCCGUGAGAGUCGAGUCCGCAAAUCGAGUGGAGUGGGCGGCGCAGCGGCGAGCGGGAGCGCCGCACUCUCUCCACUCACACAGUGCGACGUGUGUGUUCAGGCGGGGGGCGCCGCCGACCUCGUGAGAUGCGACGAAUGCUACAAGCGCUACCACUUCACCUGCUUGGAGCCACCGCUUCACAAGAACCCAAAGAAGCGAGGAUAUUCAUGGCAUUGCGCUGAUUGUGACCCAACUGAUCAAGAAGAUAACAAAUAAAUGGAUAGAAGGUUGCUUCGGUUUUUAAUUAAAAUUAAGUCAAAUAACAUCCGAUUUAUGUUAAUGGUGACAUGCAGUUCAAUGAAAUUGGCAAUCAAUUAUUUAAAACAGCACAAUGUAUAUAGAUAUAUUUUUACAAGUUAAAUGUACUCAUAAGAAGUGCUUACCUCGACGGAUCAUUGGCACGCCAAUGUUUGUAAUGUCUACAAUAACGUCUUAUAUUAAUCACACUGUAUGAAUUAAAUUUGUAACAAAAAUUUAUGAAAGAUGCGUUGAACAAGAUUUGCGAUCCAUGCGUCACUCGAACGGUUGGUUCAGUUGGUAAGAGCACUAGGACGUCUAGAAAAUCUUGUAUGUUUUGUUCAACUCUCAGGUUGUGGCUCCAUCUACAGGAUCUACUUUACGGUUGAUAACCUGCUCAACCCCAAUAUUUGCAUAUUAGGAAAUUGACUUGAGAUCUCGCUCUUGCACGCAACGUGAGAGGUCGUGGGUUCGAGUCCCGUGUCGUUCAUAAAAUUUUGUUUUCAAAUUUUAUUUGUAGAUAUUUUAUAUCAAUAAAAAUUUGUAUCGAAAAACCAAGUGGAAGAAACCAUGAUACCUAAUUUUUUAUUACCGUUAGUGGUCAUAAAUGUAGUCUGCUAUAGUAUAACAUAGUUUUUAUUUAGUAGUUGCUAAGUAAUUCAAGGUGACGAGCGCAAUUGUAGUGCCACUCAGACUUUUUGGGUUUUUCAAGAAUCUUUAGCGGCACUGCAUUGUAAUGGGUAAGGCGUAUCAAUUACCAUCAUCUGAACGUCCUACUCGUCUCGUCCCUUAUUUUCAUUAAAUGUCUUUUUUCUUCGAAUAGCGACGCUGGCGUUGUAGAAUACAAUUACCUCUCCUCCUCUUCUUAACCAAUAUAAAUUAGUCAUAGUAAUAUACACUGAACAGUCAACAUCAAAAGUUGUUGGUCAUUUUGUCGUCAAUUGUGGUAAAUUAUGGUUUAGUGCAGUGGGGGUGUGCGCUAGAUCAUAAAGAGGCAUAAAAGGCAUUUAUUUUCUCAAAAUUGAUUCCUUUAGAAUUUGUUUGAUAUCAUUUCUAAUGUACUAGACAUUACUACCGCUUCGGUAACAAAUGGCGAUCCGAGAGAGAACUUCAAUUUAAAUUCAAAAUAGGAUUCAAAAUCACUUAUUGAACAAUAAAAACUACCGCCCAUUCAAAAUAGACUGCCUCAGACCUGAGAAUAACAGGCUCAAGAAACUCAGCGGACUAUUUUUAAAAUAAAAAUAUGUAUAACAAUUUAAAUUCGUACAGUAAAAAAAAUAUAAUUAAAGAGCCUGAGGGUGUCCGCUUCAUUCCCAGUCUGUGGUAUCAAUAAUAAAAUCAUUUAUGUUAUAAUAGCCUCUCCUACACAAAUGUUUUUUUAACAAUUCUAUUAAAUUUCAACUAUUGCACACCUCUAACGGCCGUUCCCAAUAUACUAUCUACAGAUAGAGAUAAAUUACUACCUUCUACUAUCAGUAAUUAGCUGACAAUAAUCUGAAACUGUCCCUAUCACCCGAUAAGUCAUUCUUAUCGCCUUAUAUUGAAACGCGUGAAUUAUAAUUUCCAUACAAACUUCUAUCGCUGGUAAGCUAUACGUCGUCCCAUGACAGAAAAGUCAACGAUAGUUACGAUUUUUAUCUCAAAUAAGAGAUAGACUGAAUAUUAUAGAUAGAGGUAGACAGAUAGACUGACGGAACGGCCGUAAGCCUAUUCGCCAAUCCUUCAAUAUGGAGCCCCAUUACAAUUUCACCAAUAUUAUUUGAAUCUCUGCAUAAAAUGUAAAAAAUAUGUUAUGUUAAUGUAUUUUAAUUAAAGUAAACAUAAGUACACAAAUGAAUCGCUUUAUUCAUUAUUUUUAAUAAAGAUUUCUAUGUGUCUCACGUUUUACUAUUCACUUUAUGUGUAAUUUUUUAAAUAGAUUUAAUAUUAUGAUAAAUAUAGUACAUACAUAUGCCAUAA